AUGAGAGAUACAAAGCUUCACAUGCAACCCAGACUCGUCCAUAAUAGAACGUCGCAGUUAGGCGUAUACGGCACUCAUCAACAUCUGGAUACCUAUGAUUUGUGCUACAUUUACUGGAGCACAAUCUUUUGGCUAGUAAAGCAGCUUCAAGGUUUUGUAGCAGUAUUACUUUUUCUUCAUUCUAAAAAUCAUCACGCCGAAUUCAUGGCAACCAACAGGCAUUUCCCUAGCAUCGCCCAUGACAAAGGUAGCCCACUUUUCAAUCGGCCGACCACUUCAUACUUUGCCCGUAUCAUUCAGCAACCUAGCCAGGCACUUGCAGUUGGUAUAUACAACAACCCACUAUCCGCUCAUCCGAUUGAGCCAUGCGUCAUCGUGCAACUUUUUAAAGUUACCCCAGAUAAUAUUCUGGACGACAGUAUUGACUCAAUGCCCGACUGGCAGCACUAUAUUGCUCAUGCAUUUUUAUCGUCUGUAAACGGAAAAGAAGACCAAAGUAACUUUAUACAAACAGCACUUUUGCAGCACAAAAGUGAGCCAGCAACUUCACCGUUAUCAAAGCCUGAACAAGAAACGGACAGAAAAAGCUCACGUAUACAGCACAAAACUGAAUCGUCUUCAGUUGGCCAGUCUGCGUCUAGUCUUGAUGGUCCUGGUCACUCAUCUAAAACUCGCGGGAGGUCAAAAAGCAAAACCGGUGCAAAGGUUGAAUCACCCGCCUCAACCCCUUCUAUGCAGCAUUCAAUAGCCCAGUUAUCUGCACCUACGCCACAGCAUACCGCCUUAGCCAAGCAGUUACUGAAUCCACCACAAGGCCAAGACAAACCAACUAAUACAGGCUUGACUUUGCUUGAUGGACCUGUAGGAAAUGUUGAAAACUCGCUUUGUGGCACGCUUGUAUCUGCAUCCUAUCUUUGUCAUGACUUGCUAGGGUGCAAUGGUGUAUUCUUUUGCUUUCCUGACCUGUCUAUUCGCAUAAAUGGUGUAUUCAAACUUCGCAUAGCUAUAUCCAAACUACCCAUCCUAGGAAAUCUAAUCGCAAAAUCUAUAAACAAAUCCCACCAUAGUGCUACUGAUACUGAAAUGGGCUCUGAGGGAUGUAUCAUUGCAACUACAAUAUCAGACGCAUUUACUAGUCACACAUCAGCAACUUGGCAAGGCCAUAGUGAAUGGACCAACAUAUCAGACCAUUUCAGCAACCAAGGAGUAAAUAUCAUUCGAUUUAAAACUCGCUCAAAAUCAUCUCAAAUCGGUUGA